AUGCAAGCAUGGGUGGUGCGUGUCGUGGGUGCCACAGCAUCCUUGGAGAGAAACACGGCACCCGCACACUCCUACACUUUCGACACACGGGACAUCAGUCCGGCCGGCCUGGCGGGCUCACUAAGUUCUGGCCACGACAAGGACAGCACCCUGCUCGUCAGUGUUUGUGGAUGGUCUGAGACAACGUCCGUCGGGACGCACCUGCGCUGCACUGUCGUCCGUGGGGCCAGCACCGAACACACAAUCGCCGUUCUCAGUGCACCCAUUGGUGUCGACACCUUGGACACCAUCCGUCCCUUCGUCAACCAUUUGGCAGGCUGGACUCAGGCGCGCGGGCGGGCGAGAGUUGUCCUGUGUGGAUCUGCCUACGCCUGUCCUAGUGCGCAUGCUGGUGGAACCUGGCCGGCGGGCGCCCUCCAUAAUGCUGUUGCUCGUAUCGAGCGUAUCAAAGACGUCCGUCGUGCCCUGUACCCACAAGGCGACGAGUGGCACUAUCGUCACUAA